UGCUGGGCUGACCCUCGCUUGAGGAAACGCGGUUUAAAACAUGUUACUAUAGCAUGAGCGCCCCGGUUAUCAACAUCACUGGGUGCUUCCCUCCAGAACCGAAGGCGAGCAGUGUUGCUCAUCGUCAGAUCAAUGUAGAACAAGCUAGGUUUCGCUUUUUUUGUUUUUCAGUUUACCUCUCUGCUAAUAUCAAACGCAACGCAGAUGUUCUAUCCCACUUGCUGUUCUGUCCAUAGCAUCCUCAACCCAUGAGUUUCUCCACAUAGAUUCUCUGCCUCGGUUGCAUCUAACUAGACCCUCGGCUCAAAUGGGGCUACAUCCUUGGAUCUUAACAGAUAUAAAUGCUGAGGCCGUCUCUUGUGUUUUUACAAGUGACAGUAAUGCUCAAUUAUUUCAGCAGCCUUUCGCUUCAAUUCCCACUGUUCAAACUCACUUUCCUCGCUCCUGAGCGAACAAGUGUGUUAACGAACUUGAGAAGAAAAGCCUAAAAAAAGGUUCCGCAGCCCAUUCUAACAUCCAGCACUGUUGGUGGAUAACGAUGACAGACUCAACAUUCUAUGGAUGGGUCGGCCAAUCGGCAACCUCGCCGUUAAUCCACACGACCUACCGACCAAAACCCUUCGACCCGACAGACAUUGAAAUAAAGAUCACCCACUGUGGCAUCAGUGGCUCAGACAUCCACACUCUCCGCUCUAGCUAGGGACCUACAGAUUACCCCUAUGUCGUCGGGCACGAAAUCGUCGGACAUGUUACUCGCGUAGGAUCUGGAGUAGCUACCCUCUCCUCUCCAUCUCGGCAUUUGAAAGUUGGAGAUCGAGUGGGCAUCGGGGCACAAUCGGACUCGUGCCACCGACCAGAGUGCCCAGAGUGCUCUUCCGGAUUAGAGAACCACUGUCAAUACCAAACGGGAACAUAUGGAGGUCGAUUUCGUGAUGGGAGUAAGUCAUAUGGUGGGUAUGCGAAGCCGUUGGCGAGGACCGGCAUGGUUUACAUUUAAAUUACCCGAUAGCUUGCCCAGUGCCGCUGCUGCACCCCUCUUAUGCGCCGGAAUAACGGUGUUUUCGCCCUUGGUGAAAAAUGGCGCUGGGCCGGGUAAAUCCAUUGGCAUUAUUGGGAUUAGAGGGCUGGGACACUUGGGCCUUUUGUUCGCGAAAGCGCUAGGUUGCGAUCAUAUUACUGCUAUUUCGCGGACGAGCGCGAAGAAAGCUGAAACGUUAGGUGGUCUAGGAGCGACCAAGUUUAUCGCGACGGAUGAGGAUAAAGGUUGGGCGAAGACACAUGCUCGAUCAUUGGACCUAAUUAUCAGCACUGUUUCAUCCUCGGAUAUGCCUAUUGGAAACUAUCUGCGGCUCAUGAAGGUAAAUGGGCAGUUCAUUCAAGUCGGUGCUCCAGAAGAGCCAUUCCCAGCCUUCAGGGUAUUUCCGCUUAUAAGCAAGGGAGUCAAAAUUGGAGGCUCGACAAUAGGCUCUCCAGAAGAGAUCCGCCAGAUGCUCUAGUUAGCAGCCGACAAAAAUGAUAUCCCAUGGAUUAAAGAACGUCAGAUGGAGGAUGUUAACAAUGCAGUCGCUAACAUGCACACCGGGAAAGCAAGAUACAGGUAUGUCCUGGUGAAUAAGCCUGAGAGUGCCACGAUGCUAUGAUUUGCGUAGAGGAAUUGUGAGAACUCAGUUCCGUUGUAUAGUACGAAGUACACAUUGACAUAUAUGAAAAUUGAUGACCGGUGCAGCCCCUCGUUUUGCUAAAUAUUUCAUCAAGCAGCCCUGGGGUAGACAACUGUAGUAAAUAUGUCCUCCG